CCAGAAGCUAAUAAAAAGGGUAAUAGGUAUGGGAAAUUUUUCAACGAGACCUGGGCCCAAAAAUAUUGCCGAAUUAGAAAAGUUAUGCAAUUUUUCGAGGGAAGAAAUUCAAGUUUUAUAUGACAAUUUUCUGAAAAUGAGUGGUGGUAGAAGUACAGUGUCGAGGCGUGAUUUUAUAAAAGGAUAUAAUAAGACAUUUUCUAGUGGUGAUGCCAGAAAAUUUGCUGAAAACGUAUUUCGGACAUUUGAUACGGACGGCAAUGAGAGUUUGGACUUUCGAGAGUUUUUAGUUGGAUUGAGCUGCAAGUCUGCAGAGGAUUUGCCUAGUAAAAUUGAAUGGUCUUUUAAAGUUUAUGACAGAAAUGGUGAUGGUUAUAUUUCUCGACAAGAAAUGAAAAGUGUCAUACAUUCGAUAAUUCGAAUGAAUGGUAUUGAGUGUAACAUACAGGAUACAGUAAAUAAAUUAACACAAGAUUUAUACCAAACAGUCGAUCUUAAUAAUGAUAAAAGUGUCAGUUUCGAGGAAUUCAAGUCAUCUGUGGAACAAAACAGCACUUUAUUGGACCUCCUCCAAGCUCGACCGCCUCAUUGAAGGAUACCCUAGGCCUAUUUGCAAAAUUUAUUGACUACCUUUAAUUGCCAUUGUUAACGAGGUUUCACAAAAUGAUCUGGUAACACAUCAAACCAGAACAAUUAUGUUGACCUAAUAGAUUUUUUACUUCUGAAAAUAAGAGAUCAUGAGUGACGUUCUUUUCUCGUUUACUGUGUGCAAUGUCUGCAGAAUAUUUCUCCGUUCCUAAUGCUGCAAUAUUGGCGCCAUUUUCUUCUCAGUUUUUGUUUAUUUCUUAAACAUUCCAUAAGCUCCACAAACUUUGUAAAAGAAGGGAUAGUGAUUGGCCCAGGGCUCACAACAGCAAACACACGACUCUAUGCUUGUUGGGAGUUGUGAAUGUAACCAUUUGUGAAGAUUAAAAAAUCCUUCGCGAACUGCAAAAUUGAGAAGAGGUUGAAAUAUCGUAUUGUUACAUUUUUUUAAAUAUAUAUAUC